GACAUGAACGCCAUUUUUGUGAACGGAAAUUUUGGCCUGAGUGUGAGCAGGUCUUGUUUGUGAAAACUUGCUGUUGGAUGCCUUGUGAACAAUUUGAAAUAACAAAAAGAAAUAAUCUUAAAUGCAAACUAUCAAUGACUAGAUUGAAAGACGUCUUAUAGGAGGCAGUUUAUAAACUUAAACCAUGGUGACUACUUGGGGAUUUUUCGUACUUUUGAUGCAUUUAAUUUUGUUGUUCGAGGAGAGUGCGUCCAUAUCGCCAUCUAGAUGCGAACCGAUUACCAUUCCGCUAUGUCAGGACAUUCAAUACAACAAAACGGUAUUUCCGAACCUACUUUCACACAGAAAUCAAGAAGAAGCGGGACUUGAAGUUCAUCAGUUUUUUCCACUGGUUAAGGUAGAAUGCUCGAAGUAUUUGAAAUUCUUUUUGUGUUCAGUUUACGUGCCAAUUUGCUCGGAUAAAGUGUCGACUCCCAUUCCACCAUGUCGGAUUUUGUGCAAAGUGGCGAGAGACGGUUGUCUCAAAUUGAUGAAUUCGUUCGGUUUUCAGUGGCCUGAAGCAUUACAAUGCGAGAGAUAUCCAGAAAUGGGCUCCGGUAGUCUCUGUGUGGGAAAAAACUUUACCGAAAAGGAACGUGGUGGAGACAAAAAGCCAUCUGGCAAUGGUAAUAAUGGAGGAAAUGGUGGAAAUACUAACCGCGAACCCGGGACCAAAACUAAUAAAAGAAAUGAUAGAAGAGAGCCAGGGUUUGAUGUUACCUUCAAUAUUUCUCAAUUUAAAACGGGUAAACCAAUUUUCAGAUGCCCUUCUGUUCAAAACAAAUCGGAUGACAAGCAUUAUAACUUCAUGGGCGAAAUGGGCUGUGCAGGUGAAUGUACAAACAUUUACUUCACCACCAAGGAACGAGAUUUCGCCCGAAAGUGGAUUUUAUUUUGGGCCCUGAUGUGUAUUAUCUCUACCACCUUCAGUUUAUUGACUUAUUUAAUUGACAUGAAGAGGUUUCACUAUCCUUACAAACCGAUUAUUUUUCUAUGCGGUUGUUACUUCGUUAUUGCAGUUGUUUAUAUUGUCGGAUAUGUGGCUGAUAGGGACAUAUCAUGUCAUAAAGUUAAAUCUGGAACGAUGCUUUACAACCAAGGAACAGAGAAUGCAGGAUGUACUGUCGUAUUUAUGUUUCUUUAUUUCUUUACCAUGGCAUCUGCGAUUUGGUGGGUUAUUCUUACUUUGACCUGGUUUUUGGCGGCAGGAAUGAAAUGGAGCCAUGAAGCUAUUGAAGGAAACUCGCAGUACUUCCACGCAGCGGCCUGGGCACUCCCUGCCGCUAAAACCAUCGCGAUUCUGGCCAUGCAUGAAGUUGAUGGAGAUGAGCUCAGUGGUAUCUGUUUUGUUGGUGGUUCAAACUUGCAAGCAUUGCGAGGAUUCUUGCUAGCCCCUCUGUUCGUUUACCUUGUCCUUGGCACGUUUUUUCUUCUCGCUGGUUUCAUCUCGUUGGUCCGCAUACGGUCAGUUCUUAAGCACGAUCAGUCGCUGAAAACCGACAAACUUACACGUCUGAUGAUCCGCAUUGGUGUCUUCUCAAUCCUGUACACGUUGCCAGCCAUUAUUGUGAUUGCAUGCUUGUUUUAUGAACAGGCCUACCGCCACACCUGGGACAGUGCAUGGAUCAGAUCUUGGUAUAGAACAAAAAUAUUUUGCAACGACAUGCAAGUAGAUAAAAAGUACUGUUCUAGUCAGAUCAUUGGAGUUGAGAGGCCAGACUUUGCUGUAUACAUGAUAAAGUUCCUGAUGAUGUUGAUGGUAGGGAUUACCUCUGGUUUUUGGAUCUGGUCUGGCAAAACACUCACAUCCUGGAAAAGGUUUUACUAUGUGAGAAUACUCAAAAGAUCAAUGCCAAAGAACCCUCACUCACAUGGACAUGGUGCUUCAUCCAGGACAAACGUGUGAAGUUAACCUCACCAGAAACAAACAAGGCCUACUUGUAACUCUUGUUCUGACACAUGUAUUGCAGUUGACAGUACAUCAGAACAAAUAAAAUGAGUUGCCCAGUUGGGGAUUGUGUGCUGUACCUUUUGAAAGUUGUCACAGUGCCAGCCUCCAAAUAACACACUCCAGCUCUGCAACCACAAUGAUUUUUAAACAAAUGUUGUGAAGUUUGGACUGAUCUUGUUUUGCAGCUCAGAAAUAACAAGAUUUUUUGGGGUGUACAUCAUAGAAACAGACAUUUUUAGUAUCUACUUUGUAGAGGUGACAUAUAGCUUUUGUGGUUUAUUCUCACUUUACCAUUAUGUAGAAAUUUUUGAACCCAAUAGGUGCAUAUGUUGUAAAACUCAAAUUACUAUUUUGAUUUUUGUUCGUUUUUGCCAUAUUCAUCAAUCUUUGUAAAAUAUAGGCUAAGUUGUAAUUAGCUGGACCACACACUGUUUGUUCAAGAAACCUCUUUCUUAUAUGAAAAACUCUCCAUCAGUUGAGCCCUGUAUAGGGAAAAAGAAAUGAAAAUUGAGGAUAGGUUUGAAAUAGCAAACAUUUUAUAUGAAAUUUGAAUGAACAAAAAUCGAGUUUUUAGUGCUGUCGUUCGCAAUGCUAGCUUUCUUUAGAACUUGUAAAAAGAAUUUCUUCUCAGUGGUAUGAAGAUUGCUCUUUGUUGCCUUUAUAGGCCCCCUUUCAUUGCCAAUUAUGAAAAGCAGUUUGUUGUAUAUGGUGUUUUUAAUUCUUUGUACACUGGUAUAAGGGACUGUAUUGUUGAUGGUAUAACAAUUUUAAUAUAAAUUGGCAGCAGAAAUUUCUGUGCUUGUACUGUAAGAAACAGGGUACCUUUGAAAACUAUACCAUUGUUGCCCCACUUUACUAUGUAUAUAUCAUUUGGCAGUUAAUUUUACAUAGCACUACAUUAGCAUUUUUCUGAAUCUGGGAAACAAAGGUUGACUUUAUCAUCUGUGGCCUAUUUCUGGUUCCAAUUGUUGCCACCAUGUAUUGUACAAGAAAAAACCACAUAAAGCAGCCAACAUAUCUGUUAUAACUGCUGAUUUUUAUCAUAAAAUACAAAACAUUCUGCAUGCAUAAACAAAGUCAGGUCAACUUAGUAUCACUAGUUUUUGCAAGACUACUCUUUGUCCUCCUGCUUCAUCCAUGUUAUUAGUUUGCUUUGCUUUACAAGUAGUUAUAAAUUCACAAAUCUUUGGAAUUGCUUCAGAAUUCGGGUAGUAAAGUAACAUGGCUUAUGUUCUCAAAACAUUUUUCAAUUUGAUUUGUAAAUGUAAAUUUAGUAGAUGGAAUAUUAAAGAUAUGCUACUUA